AUGUCCACUAGUACAGUUCAUUCAAGACGGCGAGAUAACCAUAUGUCCAUGUCCAUGGAUUUAGAUGGUGAUGCUAGACGAGCUAGAAGGAGACAAAAAGCUAUUAUUAAGCAACAGAAACUAAAUGAACAGAAACGAUUACGUAUGGCCCAGGAGCUACAGAGACAGCUUGAGGAAGUGGAGGUCAAACAGAAGGAGCUGGAAGAGAGAGGCAUACAAGUAGAGAAAGAUCUAAGAGAAUCUGGUAAAGAUGAUGCUGAUCUGAUGCAGGAAUGGUUUAAUUUAGUCCAUGAGAAGAACACCAUAGUCCGCUUUGAAUCCUCUCUUAUGAUACAAGCUAGAGAGCUAGAACUAGAAGAUAGACAAGCCAGAUUAAAUAAUUUACUACGGGAUAGAAUGUCUAUAGAAGGAGGUGGGAAAGAAGAUGAACAAAUCGAUGAAGAAAAGAAAAUUCUAGAUGAAUUACUACAAGUUGUAGAACAAAGAGAUUCGUUAGUAGCCAUGUUGGAAGAAGAUCGUUUAAGCUUGAUUGUUUUUACUAAACGUAACAAUUACCUGUCACUGAAAAUUAAAAAUCUUACAUUUGAACGUUGUUUUUGCAGAGAAAGUGCCGAAGAUAAAGACUUGGAACAAAUCAUGCUCGCUAAAGGAUUUGCCCUCUCACCAAUGAGUUAUGUGAAAAAGAUGAAAGCUGAUUCGAUGAAAACUGACUCAUCAUGA